CCUUCCCCUCCAUCCUCCAACCUAACAUCAUCCUUACCGUUCCACAAUUCUACACCACAGCCACAGCCUGAGCCACGAUCACCAUGUCCAGUCUGGUUCCUGGAAUCUCAAGACUCAAUCCCUUCUCCGGAUCCUCGAAAGUUGAUGAUGAAGAUAAGGGCGAGGUAAUCGAUGCCAACACCGUUGCUGGCGGUGGCCAUGCAUCGCGAGAGUCACACAUCACCAAAGACAAGCUGCGCGUCAGCAAAGCUUUACGAGAAGUCUUGUACAAAGAGAAUGUGUUGUCGAAAGGGGAAGCUGGUGUUGACACAGAGCAACCUACCACCGCACUCCGGGAGUUACUCGACCGGAGCCACAUCAAAGUUCCACCCGAAGUGAUCGACCGCAAUCAUCCACUUCCGGAGUACUUCAUCAGCUCAAGUCACAACACUUAUCUUAUGGCUCAUCAGCUUUAUGGAUCAUCUAACGCUUCGGCAUAUGAGACUGCUUUGUACACAGGUUCACGCUGCGUAGAGAUUGACGCGUGGGAUUCGGACGAAAACCCUGAUGAACCAAAAGUCACGCAUGGCUACACAUUGGUGUCUAACAUUCCCUUCCGUUCGGUGUGCGAGACCAUCCGCGAUGUGGUCGACAGUGAAGUUGCCAAUGAGAAGAACGCCGCGCCCAUCAUGAUCUCACUCGAAAAUCAUUGUGGUGCCCACGGUCAGAUGAGACUUGCGUGGAUCAUGCAGGAAGUCUUCGGUCAGCGACUACUUAGCAAGGCUGUGCGCGAGAAAGGUCACCUCGAACAAGGAGGAUUAGGCAACCAUGUUAUCUUGGCAGAGUUGAGGAACAAGAUCGUUGUCAUCGUGGAGUAUCACCUGCCAGAUGAAGAAGAGAGCAGUAGCGACAGCGACAGUUCUGAGGACGAGGAGGCGAAGAAAGCGCAUCAGCAGUACAACCAGCAGAAGCAGGAGUGCCCCCAAGGCAUUAUCAUCCCGGAACUGGCUGAGCUUGGUGUCUACGCACAGUCUGUUAAACCAGUCAACAACUCAUGGUUCGAGGGCAAUCUAGAGAACGCGCCGCACCACCAACUUGUCAACGUUUCGGAGUCAGGACUGAAGAAGCAUCUUCUUGGAAACAGUUCAAAGAUCGCUCGGCACAACGCUCACCAUCUCAUGCGUGUCUACCCCAAAGGAACUCGCAUCUCCUCGAAGAACCUUUCACCAGUACCGUUCUGGGGGAUUGGCGCUCAGAUCUGUGCCCUGAACUGGCAGACCUUCGGUGCCAGUAUGCAACUCAACGAAGCUCUCUUCGCCGGUUCCGGGGGUUACGUUUUGAAACCUGCAGCUUUGCGCGCAGGCGGCAAUGGCAACAUCCUGACAGGCCGACGGAAGAGACUUUAUCUACACGUCGCUGGCGCUACUGAUGUGCCCCUUCCUGCCGACCGCGAACACGGCGACAUCAAGCCUUACCUGACCUGCACACUCGUGCAUCCCAAUGACCUGAACAAUAUGCCACCUAAGCGCAAGACUGCAGGCUACAAGCCCUCCAAGAUGGCGACCUUCAUGCACAAGGAGACCUCUCCCGCCAACGACCCCGUCUGGAACGAAGUGCUCGACUGGGAGUACGAGGAUAGCGAGAUGGUGUUCCUACGUCUGCUGAUCAAGAGCGACGAUAGCUUUGCGCGCAAUCCUAUCUUUGCUGUUGCAGCUGUAAGACUGAUGUACGCCGUACCUGGGUGGAGUUUCAUCCGUAUGCUCGACCUAGGAGGUCAUGAAACGACUUGCACGUUGCUCCUGAAGUUCCAGUUCGAGGACAUCUAGGGAAGCUCGAAGAGGAUCAGGUACAAGGAUCGCAGAAGGAACAAAGUUAAGUCUUGUAAGCUUGUUAAGCUGCACGAGAAAAUACGCAGCGAUGGAGGGUGUCUGUGAUAGUGCGUACGUAGCUGCAAUGUUGCGCUGUUGCAAGCACACAUAAUCAAAACCAGGGGGGCGGGGUGCGCUCAUGGGUCUCGGAAAACACCGUCUCAUUGCAUACAGACGAUUCAAUGUCACCGAUCCAUU